ACACGCCUCGGCAUCAGCAACAGGUCGUCGGUCUCUCGCGCGCGCUCGUACGUUCCUCUCAUUAAUAUCAGAUGCGCCCGGCAAACGAUUCAGUCCCCACGUUGUGCCCGUUUACACGCGUGUGUGCGAUUUUCUUUUUGUGUAUGUGUGUCUGUGCAUUUGUUCUAUCAUAUUAUUGAUAUUAUUAUAAUAUUAUUUGAUAAUUAAUUGUUAUCGUUACAAUCGCACAAAACGUAUAAUAAUAUUAAAUUUAUUUUUCCACCGGAAAAUGUAAGACGAACGAUUCGCGUGUUCACUUCGAGUUCAGUGCGAUCCGCUUACGUGAUAUAUUAUACACGACAUCGUUAUAAUACCCUCUCCCCCCAUCCUCAAAAUAUACCGUAAAAUCACAGUGGUUUUUCGACCGGUUGUUUGCGAAUUACAUUUUUUUUUUUAUCGUUUUUGAGUUUUUGUGCCGUUUUUCUGACUCUCGCGCCGCCCUGUGUGAGGAAAACGACAUAAUUAUUCGACAGACGCUGCGGGAAAACAUGACCAUGUCCUGUCAAGAGAUGGACCCUUUGGGCAUGUACAUGGAGCUUAAGCUCGACCCGUUCAUUAACGAAGACAUGAAAGACUUCAGCUGGGACUCGGAUUUGGAUCAGGAUAUUACCGACGCGCUGAGAGGCACAGAAGACACGUCCGAUUGGCUGAUCGGUGGAAACGGCCGGUCGAAUUCUCACGUGGUGCUGCACGACCGUCUGAUAACCGACGCGGUGAUGUUUAAUGCCCCUAUCAAGGCCGAACACUCGUAUUGUACCACGCACGGGUCUAGCGAAUCGCUGGACGCUAUAGAUUUGGACGAAGAUAGCAGUCAGGACGGAACGUGUAAGCUGACGUUUGAUGAAGUUAGAUGUGAUCGUACCGGUAACAUUGAAAUGAUUAGUAUCAAAGAGGACACGACUUCAAUAAAAGACGAACCGAUGAGUGACCAGGAAUAUGUUGAGACUAAUUCCUCUUGCCCUCCAUCACCAUGUUCUGCAUCUGACGAUACGCCCAGACAUUACGGCAAGGUACAGAAAACCAGUUACAAAGAACCCACCACGGUCGUAUUAACCUCCAGAGCUUUUCUCAACCAACCGCACAGAUUAAUCGUCCCAAACUUCGGUCUGAAAAUGGAUGGCACAGGUUUUUCACUGCCACCCACGCCACCUUCGUCCAUGUCCAGCGAUAGCGAGGGCGGUAACGUAUCACCGCACCACCGAUCAUCGCCCACACGGCGGUUGUUCCUGUCGACGAUGUCGUCGUCGUCUUCGUCGUCCUCGUCGUUAGCCGCUGCCUCCUCCACCAUCACCAGCAGUCGGCAGCCUAUACAAACGCCUUUGAUCAGCUGUCAGCCGAAAGGUUCUACCGGCGCACUGACGCUCACGGAAGAGGAGAAACGCACCCUGCUGGCUGAAGGCUACCCGAUACCUACCAGGUUGCCAUUGACCAAGGCCGAGGAGAAGUCGUUAAAAAAAAUCCGAAGGAAAAUUAAAAACAAGAUAUCGGCGCAAGAGAGCCGACGCAAGAAGAAGGAAUACAUGGAUACUUUGGAGAGGAAGGUGGAUAUUCUCGUUUCCGAAAAUUGCGAGUACAAAAAGAAAAUUGUCAAUCUUGAAGAGAGUAAUGGGUCCUUAGUCCAGCAACUGCAAAAGUUGCAGAAAUUACUCGGGCUACAAGCAACCCACAUCAGUCAGCAACUGAAGACCAAAUAAUUACAAACUUACUAGUGGGGUAAAAACUGUACAUAACGACCAAUGGUGCAAAUACAAUAUGUUUAAGAGUUUUAGUUCAAUGUCGACAGCUAGUCCAUGAUGUUACUAAAAGCGCUUCUGCGAGUAUUCAUAUUUAACUAUAACACUGCAUGAAUAUGAUGAGAGCAUUGAUUUAAAUACGCAGACAAGAUACUCGCAACGAUACAAAAUACAAUUAUUUAUUUUUGACGUUCAGCCAAUAUUUUUAAUACAGAAUUUUUAUUCACGGCUGAUAGAAUUUAUGAAAUGAUAUGCAAUGCAAACCACAUUUAUGUCAAUACAUGAUAAACAUAUUAUUAUAUUCUGUAAGAAAAAAACGACUGAUGAAAUAAACACCAAUAUUAUCGGAUAAAAGUGAUGUUUUUGAUGCGCAUAAGUGCAUCAUAAUAAAUCAAAAAUAAUUACCUUUUAAUCUCAUUAUUACUCGUUGUAAGUGCCAAAAUUAUAAUUAUAUACAAUUGUGUGUACAUAUUUUUAAAAACCGCUUGUAUCUGUGCCUGCCACAUAUAUAUGCUAUAAAUACGUUAUAUUUUGUCUAUGUUAUAUAUUUAUAAAUCGAUAAACAAACAAUAAUGUUAAGGAUCGUUUUCCUAGAGUAUUAAUAAAAUAAAUUUAUUAUACAAUUUUUUUUGGUUGUACCUAAGUUUAUUAAUUAAAUCAAUUAUAUUAUAUCGAAUUGUACAUAAUAUAUUUUAUACAUUUGAUUCAAUUGUGUUGUUAACUUAAAAUAUAUAUUUUCUAGUUAAAUUAGUUAAAUUUUAAAUAUUAUUACAUUACAAAUAAAUAAUGAAUUAUUUUGUUUUAGAAAAAUAUUUUUGUAUAAAAGACAUAUUAUAUAUUAAAUUAUGUGCAAUUUUUUAGCAGAUUUCCAUUAGCACGUAAAAUUAUUAUUUUAUGUUAUAGUGUAUAACACUUGUUUUUUAUUAUUAUUAUUAUUAUUAUUAUUAUUAUUAUUAUUAUUAUUAUUGGGGUAGCACGUACGUUAUAUGUUUAUGUAUUCUCAGUUGUCCCAAAUUACGUUUGGUCCUUUGUUUUACUUGUGAAUAUUGAAGGGAAAUUAUAAUUGACCAAACAUUGUGCUCAUCAAUAAUUGUUUUUCAAUAUUGUUUUAUUGGAGUUCACUCUAUAUUAUGAACUUCGUUGUAUAGUUACUACUUAAUCCAUGAUUUUAACCCAAACAGUUGGAUAUUAAGAUCGUAUGAAUAAUAAAAGAAGGAAAUAUACUUUUGUUUUUCUUGAAAAAA